CUACAGCUACAUCGUCAAUCUCCAUGGAUAAUGAAAUUGAGGUUCCUGCACAUUUUCUCUGCCCAAUAUCCCUUCAACUCAUGAGAGACCCUGUAAUCGUUUGCAGCGGUAUCACUUACGACAGAGAGAACAUAGAGAAAUGGUUAUUCUCAUGCAAAAACAAAGCAUGCCCGGUUACCAAACAGUCCCUAAUACAACACACAGAUCUUGAUCUUAUUCUUACUCCAAACCACACCCUACGAAGGCUCAUCCAAUCAUGGUGCACCGUAAACGCCUCUCUCGGAAUCGAGCGUAUCCCUACUCCAAAACCGUCCAUGGACGCAUCGUCUCACAUCGCCAAACUCAUCUCCGAAGCGAAGCGAUUCCCGGAGGCUAAGGAGAACUGCCUCGCAACACUCAGAUCCAUGGCGUUCUUUGAAAGGAACAAGAGCUGUUUCCAGUCUUCAGGUGCAAUAGAGUUCUUAGCUACAAUCAUGAUGAACAACAACAAUCGCGCAGAAGAAGAAGAACGAGUAGAUCCAACUGAAACAGCGAUUGAGAUCUUGUUUCAUCUUGAUCUCUCGGAAAAUCAGAUCAAGAAGCUAAUCAACAACGAGUGCCUUCAGUUUCUUGAAUCGUUGCUGCAAGCGUUGAAGCGUGGGAGCUGCCAAUCAAGAGCGUACGCAACACUUCUUUUGAAAUCGGCAUUUGCGGUUUCAAAUCCGAUCCAGUUAAUCAGCGCGAAAACCGAAAUGCUGUUUGAAAUCACGAGAGUGAUACGCGAUCGUAUAUCGCAGCAGGCUCAUAAGGCGGCAUUGAAGCUGGUGGUUGAGCUCUGUCCAUGGGGAAGAAACAGAAUCAAAGCGGUGGAAGCCGGCGCGGUGUCCGUGCUCGUGGAAGUGCUUCUUGAUUCGACGGAAAGAAGAACGUGUGAGCUGGCGUUAAUGGCGUUGGAUCAGCUUUGCGGUUGCGCGGAAGGGCGCGCGGAGUUGGUGAAGCACGGCGCGGGAAUCGCCGUGGUUUCGAAGAAAAUAUUGAGAGUUUCACGCGCCGCGAGUGACAGAGGAGUUAGGAUAUUAGCGUCGGUUUGUAGGUUCUGUGGAAGCGGGAGAGUGGUUCAAGAGAUGAUGCAGGUUGGAGCCGUUAACAAGCUGUGUUUGGUGCUUCAAGUUGAUAGCGCUUUGAAGACCAAAGAGAGGGCUAAAGAGAUUCUCAAGUUGCAUUCUCUGGUUUGGAAGAAUUCAACAUGUAUUCCUCUACCUUUGUUAUCAUCGUAUCCAUGACCAUCUAACUAAUCUCUUUUUUAGUUCAUAACUUCCAUUUUUCUUCACUAUAGGACUCAUGAAACUAUUCUAUCUUGUUAUAUCAAGGGAAAAAAGAUUUAUAAUUAUCAAUUUUUUGCACAA